AACGAAAAAAGAUUAUCGGGAAGUGUGGAUGUAGUUGGCGCUUUAAGGGAAGCUACCACCACCACACCAUAGAACAAGACCGGACCGAACAAAGCUUGCGGUCCGGUACGCCCGUCUGUUUUGGCCUUUAAUAGAGUGAGAGAGUGCACAGAGUGCGGUAGCCCGUUACACGACGCACGUGCGUCAUACGAACAUUACGAGUAUAAAUAUUAGUGUCUCGAACAUACUUAAGCUAUCAGUAUGACGUUUAAAGCCGUCAUUCACUAACUGUCAUUGUUUUUUGUCAUCAUCCGUUCCGUCAACCGAUCGUUCUCCAAUACGAAUAAAAGUCCGAUUAAUGUUUAUUGUCUAUAUUUUAUAUUAGUUUUGACAUUCAACUUUACAACUAUUCAGAAUUUUAAAACAACACAUUGCGUUGGUAUAGAAAUCUAUAAAAUGUGAUUGAGUUCUGCGAAACAUGUGUAUAAUAAUAUUAGUGAAGUGAACGUGUUUAUUAGAUUAUAAAAAUAGUGCAAUGAAUAAUAGUACAUAUUUUAGCGAGUUCCACUGCUCGAAAGAUGCACUUACGGACACUUAUGGAUGGUUUAUGCAAUUUCUCUUGGCGGUUUUGGCGUUUACAUGCCUAAUAGGUAAAAGAUUUUGUGAGCCCCGCUAUGCCAGGAGACCUUGGCUCAUUUGGUUCUAUGACACAUCAAAACAAGGCCUGGGUGCUCUAAUCAUACAUGCAGCUAACAUUUGGAUCUCUCCACAUUUUGAAGGAAACACUUGUACUUGGUACAUAGUGAACUUCAUGGUGGACUCUACAUUGGGGUUACUCAUCAUUUGGGCAGGUAUAAGGCUUGCUCAGUACUGUGCUAGACACUAUGACAUCCCACUUAUUAAUUUUGGGGAAUAUGGCAAGCCCCCAAUGUGUUCAGCGUGGCUCUGCCAAUGCGUGCUUUACGCAGCGCUAGCAACAUUCGCCAAGUCAGCGCUAGCGUUAAUACUGCGGUUGCCGCGCGUGGCGCGUGCGCUGGCUACCUUACCGCUGUCGCCGGUGUCCGACCCCAAGUUAGAGCUGGCCGUCGUCAUGCUCAUCAUCCCCUUCUUUGUCAAUAUUUUAAUUUUCUGGGUGACAGACAACUUCCUAAUGUAUCAUCCGAGAGGAGUGAGCUCGAAGUUAAAAUCGAAGCACUUACGAACGGAUGAACCUCUCCAGGUGAGAUACCAGUCAAUAAAGAAGGAGAAGUCAGCUUCCGAGGAGGAGGACCACUCGGCCGACGAGCGACUGCUGGGCGCCAACGUAUGACCCUACCCCAAGCCCCGAGUGCUUCGGGCUUAAAGCAUUCUCUUACCCCCUUAUUCAUAAAACUUAUCAUGCCUGAGCUACUAUAUGUAGAGAUCGAAUUCUUGUCUCGUUAUUAUUUUAUAUCGUUUUUAUUUAAAGUGGGUUUGAUGGGCGUUUAUGAAUAAGGGCAGUAGUUUUUAGGUGCAUCCCAUUCUCAUUACGAUAAAGUUGCAGGCAUGCAGAUUACUUAUCGACAACAAUUUUCAUCAAAGUCUGUCUCUGUCUAAAUAGACCGAGCCUAACGAUGGAAUUGGAAUCAUUUUACUAUCGUUACUAAUUACGUCUGGGAUUUUUUCGAUGAGCAUGGGCCAGCUUUAGGACUUAUCCUUUGUCAGUAUCAAAAUGAUGUCACUUUCUGCUUCCUGUGGAGUACACGAAACUCCCCUAGGGGUUUGCCUGUGUAAAAAAUUAUCUAUAAGACAAAAAAGUAUGAGAAAAAUUGCUCAAGGAAAAGGUUCCUAGUCAUCUGAGAAACUUAAAAAAAUGUAUGUGAAGUUAAGAGCCAUAGGUACAUAACUUAAUUUACAGUACAUAUGGUGCUACUUUACCGCAUUAGUGCGAAAAUUAGCAUAUUACGUUACUGUGUCGAACAUUUAAAGGGCCAUAUGUACUGUAAAACGUUGUACGAUACAUGUGCGAAUAGGUAAUUCGCAACUCGUGUCGAUUUGAAACACUCCCUUCGGUCGUGUUUUAAUUUAUCGCCACUCGUUUCAAAUUUCCUAUUUUUCGCAAUUGUAUCGUAAUGUACUAAUAACCUAUACUGCAAAGAGUCUCAAGUAAUGUUUAACAUCUCCUUAUUGGAAAACCUUAUUUUAUUAAUAUAGUCAAUACAAAGUCGUUGAUACUGAUAAAGGUUUAGUAAAUUAAAUUUUAAUGUGGUGUAAAAUAUAAUCACGUAUCAUGGGAUAAGAUAGAUAUGUAAUCUAAACAAUGUAUAUUCGCACUCACUUAAAUGUGCUAUUUUCUAAGUAGGUAUUUAUAAAAUUCGAAUAUGUCGUGGAGUGGCUGCUAAUAUACAAUAUAUAUUAUAAUAUAUGUAUGAUCAGGUACACAGCCACGGGACGCAAUUGUAUAAAAUUUGUCACGUGAACUUGUACACUUUUUACAGCAUUGAAAUAGAGUCGAUAAUUAGAGAAUCUUAUGUUCCUUAACCAAUGAAUCAGAAUUCAUAGUCACAGACGGGUAUGCUUAUGCUUACCAUCAUUGUGCCUCGAAUGGAAUGUUAAAACUUAGAAUCUUAGGUUUUUUGAAAUACAACAUACACAGUUUGGUGUAUGUUGUGCAUCCCCUGUAAUGUUAACGUUUUGUAUUCAUUAUAUGUAUUAUAAUGUAAUACGGAUGUACAUAUGUAGUAUGACUACAAGCUCAUUCUCCUUAUUAUAUAAAUGGGCAUGUUAUAUUAAUUAGAAUACAAAAUCAGAUUUAGCUUUGAUGUUAUUAAAGUUAGUACCUACCUCUGGUACCCAAAUAAAAGUAAUGCGACAUUGUUAAAUAAUACUGUAUGAGUAUAUUUCACAAUAUUUAUUGAAUUAAAUAAUUAAUUAAAUAGCAAUAAUAUGGUAUUAUGUCAAUAUGAAUAUUCAUUCUUGGAACAGCACUUUUUUUUAAAUAUUAUAUUAAGCUGCCCAAGACCGGAGUCAGUGGAAGAAAAUGGUUCGAGCUCUACACCCCAGCAGGGGGUAACAGAAUGGAAAGAAGAAGAAGAUAUUUUAUGUUGUAUAGGAGUGGUCACUUUUUAAUAUAUUAUUCUAUAGAAAUUGUAAUCGCCCAUAUCCAUUAAUACAGCAGAUGUUAAUCAUGGUGUUAUUGUAUAAAUAUAAUUCAUGUGUCAUGAGUAAAAUUUCUUAAAGAAAUAGGCUGUUCUAACUUUAAUUCUACAUAUGUGACCGCGGCCGGCAAAACGUCUCACUUUGUUGCUUGCCAUAAGGACGAGAUUUGCUUGAAUCUUUAUAAGAAUAACCUGACAAGGCGUCCUUAUGGCAAGCGACAAAGUGAGACGUUUUGCCGGCCGCGCGGUCACAUAUAUCGCGAUGCGUUGUCAGGUCAAUGACUAAUAUAACACUCAAUCUAAGUACUGCGACCUGUGACGUGUAUAACCAGGAUAACAAAUAAAUAAAUAUUAUAUGACAUUCUUAAACAUAAUGCCUAAGUCCCACAGUAAGCGCAAGAAGGCUCGUGUCGUGGGUACUCAGACAACGAUGUAAAUAUAAUAUACAAAUACUUAAAUAAAUAGAAAACAUCCAUAACUCCGGAACAAUCCUGGUAAGCUCAUCACACAAAUAAAUGCCCUCAACAGGAUUCGAACCCAGGCUUCAUAGACAGCUACCCACUAGGCCAGACCGGUCGUCAAACGACGGAACAAAGUUGUGUUGAAGAACAUGCUCCAAAGUCGCUGUAAUAACAACAAUAGACAGCCUAUUGUUAUUGUAACAUCUACUUGCGCGCGCUUAACUAGCUUAAGUAAAACACAGGCCCCAUUGGUGCAUUUAAUUGGGCAAGUCAUAAAUAAAAACAAAGCAAUCCGACACAACGCAAUGCACCAGUGGGGUCGAGCCCUUAGCCAGGCGCGCCGGCAAUAAAUGUUUAUACAACAUUGCCGACCUAGGCCUGCUUUGUAGUAUUGUACUUACACGUACUAUUAAAUAAGGGACUAUAUUAGUCGUUGGUUUGAAAAUGUAAGGAUUGUCAGGUCUAUAGCAUAAAAAAAAUGGAUAAAAUCAUUACAUACGCGCCAUAACAUAACAAUGUGUAUUGCAAUUUGCUAUAAUGUGUACAAAUACUUAUUAUAAAGCUAUAAAAAUAAAUAUUUUUGUAAGUACAUUUCAUUUUUACAAUGUAAAUGAUUUACAGUUUAUAUCGUUCCUAUCUAUAAAGAAGGUAUUUUGUACUUAGAUUCUCAUGUUAGUGCCAUGUAUUUCGAUAUACAUUAUAUACAAAACAUCGAAUUAAGACUGAAUCAGUCGAAUGUCUUCUCUGUAUCACUCCACUGAUCGAUUUUUCAAUGUUUUUUUAGCAUUAAAAAACAAAUAAUUUAAAUUCCAAAACUAUCAAAUUGUUAUUCGCUAGCGAAGAGUAUUACCUAUCUAAAACCCGAAGGAAGGUAAUUUUACUUUCUUACCCCUUUUUUACGAAUAAGAUUUAAAUAUUCCAGUCAUGGCUGUAAAUAGGAAAAUAAGAAUUAAAUAAUUUUUAUAAGGUAACCAAAAUGUACCUACACCUUAUUAAUAAUAGAACUAUGUAAAAAUGUGCAUCUGCUCAUUGUUUGGGAAUAUAAUUCACAUCUAAGUGUU